CGUGAAAACGAGUGAAACGUUGAGUCGUUUUGUUGUGUUUUUGUAAACAAGUGGUGAAGACAUCGGAAGACAUCAAUGAAAGUGAUGGCCAUUACUGUGGACACCAACGAUACGCCACAAGAGGAGCGCGACUGCAGCCAAGUGUCCACUUCUGAAGUGACCACAAAUCACAUGAUGGACGCCAUCGACGACAGCGACAGUGAUUUCGACGACAACGCCAGCGAUGACCCAAAUGACAGAUAUUAUGAACUGCUGUCCACUCAGGACCUGAUGGACGGCUCGACGCAAGCGACCACUUAUUAUCCGCACAAUUACACCGUUGAAUGGGUUGAUUGGGAUCAAUACGAACAAACUCUUGAGCAACAGUCCAGUGAUGACACCAAUACCCACACGAAUUACACGCCGAGUGACAGUUCCGGGCCAUCGACUGACACACCCACUGAAGCAUCGAUUAGUGAGACAACAACUGGUCCUCCGAGUGAUCGUCAGAUAUCUCUAAGCGAUGAUCGGAUCCAUCAAAUCAAAAGUCUUAUGUCUGGCUUUGAGAUACCCAAAGACCACAUCCCUGUCUGGGCUCAGGAGGUGCCCGAAGACAACUGGAAGGCUUUCCUUUUACCCAAAUUACAGGAC